AUUUGGUUCGUGUUGCUUGAAGCUUGAAGCGCUUGCUUCCAGCAGCUCUUCCAGCCCUUUUAUGAGCAGCAUUGGUUGACAUACAUCCCUUCUCCCUUCUCUUGGCUCUUCUCUGCACCUUGCUCCUCCCCUUUCGCUCUCCUCACAAUUUCAAAAUCUUCCAACUCGAGAAAGCUCCAACGAACAAAUCAAAAGCUCAUCAAUUCUAUUUUAUUUUAAUAAACAAGAUGUUUCUCAAGGACAACAGCAUGAACUCCAGCAGCAAGCGCAGCCAAUCGAGCUCGGUGCGAUCCUCUACCGGCAGCAUGCGCAGCAGCAAGACCCAAGGUGAAGCCGUGGCCGCCAGGAUGCAACAGAUGAAUUCUCACGACAUGAUUGCCAUGCUGGAAAUGUAUGCGCAGCAAGACAAUGGCGAAGUUGCCUUUGAAGCCUUUCAAACUCUCAAGAAUUCCGAGUCUCCUGCCACCACUCCCAGCAGCAGUAGUAAAAGCAGCAGAAAAAGCGACAAGAAACGCCUGAUGCAGGGAAAGCGACCCGUUUGGCCUGCCUUUGGACGCACUCAUACUUCUUGAGCACAUCUUCCUCAUCUUUACUGAUCAUCUUACUGAUCAUCUUUCCCACAAACUCUACCAAUUUCCACUUUUUGUAACAUUAGAAUGACUUAUAUUAUACAUAUC